UCCUCUCUGCAGAACCGAACCGGCAUCAUGAGCACCAUGCGCUUCUCCUCGCUCUCCAUGUCCUCCGCGUCCUCCGCCAGGACCCCCCGGGGCACCAGCGUGCACGGCGGUGCGGGGGGCCGCAACGUGCGGGUGUCGUACGCCUCCAGCGGGCUCGGCUCCAGCUUCGACCUGAGCCAUGCGCUCGGCGGCGGCGGCGGGGGGGACAUGAGCCUGUCGGUGUCCGGCAACGAGAAGGCCACCAUGCAGAACCUGAACGACCGGCUGGCCUCCUACCUGGACAAGGUGCGCUCCCUGGAGACCGCCAACGCGCAGCUGGAGCGCCAGAUCCGGGAGUGGUACGACAAGAAGGCCCCCGCCACGAGGGACUACAGCCGGUACCAGGUCAUCAUCGACGAGCUGCGCCAAAAGAUCAGUGCUGCCACGACCGUGAACACCACGCUCAUGCUGCAGAUUGACAACGCUCGGCUGGCGGGAGAGGACUUCAGGAUGAAGUUUGAGACUGAGCAGUCGGCUCGAAUGUCGGUGGAGGUGGACAUCGCCGGGCUGCGCAAGGUUCUGGACGAACUGACGAUGACCCGGUCCGACCUGGAGAUGCAGGUGGAGGGCCUGAAGGAGGAGCUGGUGUUCAUGAAGAAGAACCACAAAGAGGAGAUGGCCGCUCAGCGCAGCCUCAUGGCCACCAGCUCCGUGAACGUGGAGGUGGACGCCAAGCCCCAGGAGGACCUGAACCAGGUCCUGGUCGAGAUCCGAGCUCAGUACGAGUCCAUCACCGAGAAGAACCGCCGCGACAUGGAGUCUUGGUACAAGGGCAAGUUUGAAGACCUGAACAGGGCGAUGGCGAGCAGCACGGAGACUCUGCAGACGUCUCGAACCGAGAUCACCGACCUGAAGAGGACUCUUCAGGGCCUCCAGAUCGAACUGCAGUCCCAGCUCAGCCUGAAAGCCGCCAUGGAGGGAACGCUGUCCGAGACGGAGACCCGUUACUCUCUGCAGCUCCAGAGCCUUCAGUGCCGGGUGAACGACCUGGAGGAGGAGCUGAGCCAGGUGAGGGUGGACAUCAGGCGCCAGUCCAGUGAGUACCAGAUGCUGCUGGACAUCAAGACCAGGCUGGAGCUGGAGAUCGCGGAGUACCGGAGACUGCUGGACGGCGAGAGCACCCAGAAAAUCACCACAAUUGAGGUGAAAGAAGAAAAACGUAAACCGGUCAUCACCCAGAGAACGAAGGUGGUGAUCGAGGAGCUCAUCGAUGGAAAGGUGGUGUCCCGCACUGAAGACGUGGACACCGAGGUCCUCAGCAAGUAGACCGAACCCAACGAGAAAGAAGAACCUGCUGUUUGUGUAAAUAAGUUUACUAAAACGCAGAAAUAAUAAAUAUUUAUCUGCCAGGGUUGGAUGUUUAAUUAGAUGGCUCUGAGCUAUAAAAAAAAAAAGAUUUUUAGACGAGCAGAGUUCAAAUCCUGAGACCAAAACGAGGUUUUUGUCAACGUUUUCUCCAUUUUACAAAAAUAUCAAGACUCAUAUAAGUUUUUUAUUUCUGCUGGGUGGUCUGUCGCAGUAAAAUGUUGUUCUCAGAUUUUACGUGUCUUUGUUGCUGCAUGGAGCGUUUUUAACGAUGGAAACUUAUUUCAUACAUUUUAACAAAUGAAAUAUUUUAAGAUUUCUGCAGUUCAUGUUUAAUAUUUCUGACUC